CUUCUUAAUCCAGAUGUUAACAAUAUAAAUUGGCAGCAAAACUGUAGUGCAUUGAAUUGAUUUUGAUAAUCCAACAACCAAAGCUACAACUAACCAGGCUGCGAGGGGAAGGGGGAGUCGUAAGGGGAAAACUUCUGCUGCUGGUGAUUUUGAUAAUCACACAAAAGGUUGAAUUUUUAGAGUGAGAUGGAAGAGGGCAAGGGUAAAGAUUACAACUUUUCCUACUGGGAAACAGAUUUGAGGUGGGUAAAGUGGAAAAUCUGUGUGUUUGUGGGAUUAAAAUUGCCCAUGAACUGUGGAUUACCAUACUGGGGCAAUCUUCUCUCCCUUUCCUUAGAAUUUGAAUUCGUUUGAGGGUUUAUUUGAGGUUUUUAGGAAAAAGUGGUAAAUAAUCCACACAAUCUUGAAUAAAGAUUAGUAAAAUUCAGGUGAUAGUAAAAAUUAAAACUAAACAAAAAGUGGGUCCCACUUGCCAGAUUCAGCUUCAAAUGUCCUCCUUCCAUCUUCAUUUGAUCCAUUGAGAAUGUAAGAAAGAAAAAGAAAAAAAAAUAAUGUACUCUGUUUCUUCAUCGUCGUUCAAGGUGUUGAUACCUCAGCUGAGGUACAACCAUACUAAGCUGCGCUAUUCAAGGAAAAGACUGAGCUUUGCUCCUUUACCCAUCUCCAUCUCCAUCUCCAUCUCCUCCUCUUCCACAACUGACGACAACACUUCACCUUCCAAACACCCACAAGUAGUACAUUCUUCCUUAUUUACUUACAUUUUGCCGUUGAGAGACUUAAAAAUACUUCCUUUUCUACACCCAACAAUUUUUUUAAAAAACAAAUUCUUGCUUUAUGGUGUUACUUUGUUUAUUUCUUUAGGCCUUUUUAUCUGGUGUUGUUUGCAGCUGGGAUAUGAUCCUUCCGAGGAGCUACUUGGGCUUGCUGUUGAUUUACAUCCGAGGAAUGUUGCUUCUGCUGCAUCCAAACCAGGAUCAUGGAUAGGCCCAAAUGGUCAGUAUUUUCGAGAAUUACCCUGCCCGGGGUGCAGGGGAAGAGGUUAUACCCCGUGUACAGAAUGUGGAAUAGAAAGAUCACGGCCCGAUUGCUCACUCUGCAGUGGAAAGGGUAUAGUUACCUGCAAUCAGUGUAGUGGAGAUUGUGUUAUUUGGGAGGAGUGGAUUGAUGAACGGCCAUGGGAGAAAGCCCGAUCAGUUUCUCCCUUAAAAGUUAAGGAAGAUGAUGAAGUCGACAAUUUGGAUAUAAAACUGGAGCGGAGGAGAAAAACAAAGCGCGUCUAUCAAUCCUCUGCUCCCGAAGUCAAUCUGAAGAUCAGCAGGUCACUUAAAAGCCUCAACGCCAAAACUGGAAUAUUUAGUAAUCGGAUGAAGAUAAUCCACCGAGACCCUAUGCUUCAUGCACAGAGAGUUGCUGCUAUCAAGAAAACCAAGGGGACUGCUGCUGCAAGGAAUCAUGCUUCUGAAGUUAUGAAGAACUACUUUUCUGAUCCAGAAAACCGCCGCAAGAGAAGCAUUGCAAUGAGAGGGGUAAAAUUCUUCUGCCGAAAUUGUGGGCAUGAAGGCCACAGGAGACACUACUGUCCGGAACUUCAAGGCAAGGUCACUGAUAGACGAUUCAGAUGCCGCUUGUGUGGUGAAAAGGGGCACAACCGCAGAACGUGUCCAAAGUCGAAAUCAGGCGAAAAGAAGAUUGUGGUUCGAAGGAAUCAUUGCUGCAGUGUUUGUGGCCAGAGAGGCCACAACCGGAGAACAUGUCCACAGGUGCCUAGAGUAGAACCAGCUAGUUCUGGAAGCGUAGAAAGUGUGCCAUCUGUGUCUAGAAAAAGGGCAUAACAGAAGUACUUGCCCUCAUACAAGAUCAUGACAAAACCAUCAAGAUUUAGAUUAUAAGUCAUUUGUGACUCCAUUAGUUAACUUGACAGAACAAUCAAGCCCUCAAUUGGUGUGGCAAAUGCACCAUGUAUGAUAAAAUGUUGAUUGGAACAUUUUUGUUGGACGUCUUUGUAUGUGUUGAAUAUUGAAUGCAGAUGUACAACUCUCCCACUA